UGACCACCGGGAGCCUGCCUAUUCGCUAUUCGUUAUUCUGCCUUGUGAAUGAGAAAAUGGCUGCUCGGGCUGGUGGAAGUCUCUCCUUUGUUUAGUACUUUCAGGGUUGAAAAUUGAAGGAAAUAUUAAAAUGCCGAGUGCUUCGUUUACGUCAUCGCGUUCAUAUGUAAGAAGAUCACGAAGAAAAGUUGCGAACAGGAUUCCUUUACCAUCUCGUACGAGCUCAGCUGAGCCAUGUGAACUGACUUGCCAAAUACCAAAUCAAAGCAUACCUGGAGCAGGAGGCUCCUCUAGUGCACCACCAGCUGCGGGGGCGUCUUCCUCUAGUGCAUCCAGCAGUUCAACUGUGACAGCAGCCACGGGAAGCACAAGCACGUCAGGUUUAAGUAACACAACCAGCAGCCAUCACUCACCAUAUGAUUUACGGAGGAAGUCUCCACCCUACCAUGAUGCUACCGCCAGUACUAGUACAGCUACUUCAAGUUCAACCUCAAGUAAUUAUUUAGCAUCGAUGCUGCCUGCACGCAAGCGGCCUCGUCGAACAUGUUCUGUCACCAAUGAAACUUGUUCGGCGACUGCUGCUCACUAUCUUCAGUACGAACUUCCUGAUGAAGUUCUGCUCACUAUAUUUAGUUACCUUUUAGAACAGGACUUGUGUCGUGUUAGCCAAGUAUGCAAACGAUUUCAAGCUAUCGCGAAUGACACAGAGUUGUGGAAAAAUUUGUAUCAGAGUGUUUAUGAAUAUGACCUCCCAUUGUUCAACCCUGCUCCAUGUCGGUUUGAGUUUUGUGCACCAGAAGACUCGGAUCAUGCCAACCCUUGGAAGGAGAGCUUCCACCAGUUAUAUCGUGGUGUGCACGUGCGACCAGGCUACCAAGACAUGACAUUCCGUGGCCGUAAUAUUAAAUAUUUUAAUACAGUUCAGAAUGCUUUGGACUUUGCUGACGAGCGUGGUUCCAAUGCUGAUGGAGAUGGUCAUGGUGCUUUGGUGUUCCUGCAUGCUGGCACAUACCGUGGCGAGUUCCUUGUCAUAGAUUCUGAUGUGGCACUCAUCGGGGCAGCUCCAGGAAAUGUUGCAGAAUCUGUUAUAUUAGAACGGGAAUCGGAGAGUACAGUGAUGUUUGUGGAGGGAGCAAAGCAUGCGUAUGCUGGACAUCUUACUCUGAAGUUUUCUCCUGACGUAACUUCAACUGUUCCCCAUCAUAAGCAUUAUUGCUUGGAAGUUGUUGAAAAUUGUAGUCCCACAGUUGACCACUGCAUCAUUCGAAGUACUUCUGUUGUUGGAGCAGCUGUCUGUGUUAGUGGUGUUGGAGCAAAUCCUGUUAUCAAACAUUGUGAUAUCAGUGAUUGUGAAAACGUUGGUCUGUAUGUGACAGACUAUGCCCAAGGAACGUAUGAGGAUAAUGAAAUUAGUCGAAAUGCAUUAGCAGGAAUAUGGGUAAAAAAUUUUGCAAAUCCAAUUAUGCGCAGAAAUCAUAUUCAUCAUGGAAGGGAUGUUGGUAUUUUUACUUUUGAAAAUGGAUUGGGUUACUUUGAAGCGAAUGACAUUCAUAAUAAUCGUAUAGCUGGUUUUGAAGUGAAGGCAGGAGCUAAUCCGACUGUUGUACAUUGUGAAAUCCAUCAUGGUCAAACCGGUGGCAUUUAUGUACAUGAAAAUGGUUUAGGUCAAUUUAUAGAUAACAAAAUACAUUCUAAUAAUUUUGCUGGUGUUUGGAUAACUUCAAACAGCAAUCCAACAAUAAGGCGCAAUGAAAUAUAUAAUGGGCAUCAAGGAGGAGUGUAUAUUUUUGGAGAAGGAAGGGGCUUAAUUGAACAUAACAAUAUAUAUGGUAAUGCCUUGGCAGGAAUUCAGAUUCGCACAAAUAGUGAUCCAAUUGUUCGGCACAAUAAGAUUCAUCAUGGUCAACAUGGUGGUAUAUAUGUUCAUGAGAAAGGGCAAGGUUUAAUAGAAGAAAAUGAAGUGUAUGCUAACACGUUGGCUGGAGUUUGGAUUACAACUGGUAGCACUCCAGUAUUGCGCCGUAAUCGAAUACAUUCUGGAAAGCAAGUUGGUGUGUAUUUUUAUGAUAAUGGCCAUGGCAAACUGGAGGAUAAUGACAUUUUCAACCAUUUAUAUUCUGGUGUACAAAUAAGAACUGGAAGUAACCCUAUCAUUCGAGGAAACAAAAUAUGGGGUGGUCAGAAUGGAGGGGUUCUAGUUUAUAAUGGUGGUUUAGGGUUGUUGGAACAAAAUGAAAUUUUUGAUAAUGCUAUGGCUGGUGUAUGGAUUAAAACUGAUUCUAACCCUACUCUCAAGCGGAACAAAAUAUUUGAUGGCAGAGAUGGUGGAAUAUGUAUUUUCAAUGGUGGGAAAGGUAUACUAGAAGAAAAUGAUAUUUUUCGUAAUGCACAAGCUGGUGUUCUUAUUUCUACACAAAGUCACCCUAUCUUGAGGCGGAAUCGGAUAUUUGAUGGUCUGGCAGCUGGAGUUGAAAUAACCAACAAUGCCACUGCUACAUUAGAAUAUAAUCAGAUCUUUAACAAUAGGUUUGGUGGUUUGUGUUUAGCAAGUGGUGUUCAGCCAAUUGUGAGAGGUAAUAAAAUUUUUAACAAUCAAGAUGCUGUGGAAAAGGCUGUAACUAAUGGUCAGUGUUUAUAUAAGAUAUCAAGUUACACGUCAUUUCCAAUGCAUGAUUUCUAUCGAUGUCAAACAUGCAAUACCACAGACCGCAAUGCAAUCUGUGUUAAUUGCAUUAAGACAUGCCAUGCUGGACAUGAUGUUGAAUUUAUUCGACAUGACAGAUUCUUCUGUGACUGUGGUGCUGGUACCCUAACCAACCAAUGCCAGCUGCAAGGUGAACCCACCCAGGACACAGACACACUCUAUGAUUCAGCUGCCCCCAUGGAGUCUCACACUCUAAUGGUGAACUGAGCAAGCUGUUUGUUCUUUGUCUCUCAUGUCCCGCUCUCCCCACAGAACAGUAUUUGCAGGAAUACGCAUUGUAGACAAUUGCAAGGCAGUUCCACUCGUAACAUUCGUGUGCCAGAGAAAUAAAACUUCAAAAAGAGAAAAAAAUCUAACGCAAGGCCUACCAUGUAUUUACGAUGUGCCAGAGCCCUGUGUUUGACUACACAAGUUGUGUUAUUUCUGUAAGAAUCUCUUGAUUUUGAAUUUUGUUCCAUAUACGUACAUUUAGUGAGUAACGUUUUGGAUGUGUUUAUUUUUUCCAGAUGAGGUUAUAAAUACAUAUAAAUAUAAAUAUAUAUAUAUUGUGCAUGUGUGAAAGUAUGUAUUUUGAAAUGAAUGUGUGUGUACUAAGUGUGAAUGACAGUUCGAAGGAGCGUAAUAACUUGUAAAUAUAUAAAUAGAAAAGGUAUGUUUAAUAUAACGUUUAGAAAAUGAAAUUUCAUUCAAAUUACACCGAGAGUUCAAUUUAAUUUUUGCUGUAGACUUGAGGUUGCAUUCAAUAACAAUGGGAGUCAUUAUUUGUGAAAGCCACAAUUAAAACUCUUGCAGCUACCAUAUUGUCUAAAGAUACGCAAUGACUCACAUUGUAAUACUGUACUUUUUCCAUUACUCUUUUUUGUAACAAUGCUGUUAUCAUAUACUGUCACUGAAUAUGUAUAGUGCUACUUAUAUAUUAACUAUGGAAAUAAUGUUUGCUAUUGAGCGUGUACAGCAGGAAUGUUUUAAGAUACGUAGUGUGUUUUGGCGCAGUAAAAUUGUGCACAUAAUUCUGGCAUAUCGUCAACCAGACCUUAGGUCAGUUAGGUAAAGGUGAAACUAACAAAAUUUUAUCUAAGAUCUGCCAAACAUGACCUCAUGCUUUAUUUGGUGUUGUUAAACUGACAUGUAAAUAGAGUUGGAUGUGUUCUGUGCUUUUAUUUUUGAAAAAUAUCAUGUAUACCUCUUGCUAUGUCGUACAUUUUUGGUGUGUUUUUGACCAAAAAAAAAAAUUAAAUGUAAUGUUGGAUUGGUACAUCUGUUUAGGUUUUAUUUUUAAAAAAUGUACAAAAAAAAUCAUAAAAUUUUUAAUUGCAGAUGUAGUUUUAAUGUUUUUGAGAUUUAUACAUAUUGCCAGUUCUAAAUAAAACUGAACAUUUUUGUUAUGAUGGUACCAGUAAAUAAUAGUGUCGUAUUGAUGAAAUGUUUUCUUCAUCUCAAUAUGUGGCAGCGCUACAAAGUGGAAUAAACACUUGUAACAAUUACUUAUUUUUUCUUUGUUAUAGUUCACUUAAAUAGUAUCACCCAAUAACUGUGCAGAAGUACAAUGUUUAUGUUAAUGUUUAAGUGACAUUUAAGUCAUCUACUCAAAGUGCCAUACAAGUGUUUUGGGUCAUGUGUAACUUAAGAGAACUACUGAGGAUUGUUGCAUUCUUUUUUACUUGGCAGUGUGACCUUUUACAACAGCAUUAUAGAACAGCAAGCUUAUUGUGAAUAUUUUCCCUGCUUGGUUUUGUUAUUCAUACAUUAAUUUAAAUUAAUGGUGUUUCAAACUUGGUAAUGUGUAUUAUUCCCAUUGUUCUGUGUUCUCUUGCAUUCCUUCCUUUCUUCUUUUCAAGAACAUUGCCAAAGAACCAAGCAAUUCUCAGCUUCUUUAUUGACUUCAUUCUGCUGUAUUAGAAAUAGGCAUUGUCUUAAAAAGACAGAAACUGACAAAAAAAUUCUGUAAAUUUCAUUCAUGUACCACAAUAUUGUAGUGCUGCACUUCAGCUGUAUACAUAUUAUAAAUAUAU